AUACGAUACGAGUCAUGAUAUUAAAGGCAAAAACAGAGGUUUGAUAUCGGGCAAUGUUAAAAACAGAGAAACACUACAAAUACUGCUCUGCUUCCUCUGAAGCCUCUCCUCAUGAAUUCUCCUUCACUACAUCCUUCCAUUCUCCACCUACUACUAGCCCACGACGGAGCUCCACGACGAAGUAGGAACCAACUCCAAGUGCUUGCUCUCUUCCUUCUCCGGCCUCGCCAACGCGCGUAAAAAGGCAACGAAGGCAAAUCGAGGGGAGCGGGGAUGGAUGGCGAGAAUGGGAAGGAGAAGAACAGAGGGAGAUUGGUCUACAUGAGCCGGAUCCUGAAGAAGUACUACGCGAGCGUGAUGCAGCCUCUGCUGUUCGUUAAAGGGGAGAAAGAAAAGAAGAAGGCGCUGCAGAGGAGGCCGUGCUCAUUCUCCGGCGAUCCCGGUUUCAAGGAGCAGGGGAAGAGAGGAAAGCAGAGGAGGAAAACGGAGCAGCUGCGGUCGGCGCCGGAGUCCGCGAGGACGCCCAGCGCCAACAGCGGGGCGCUGGCGUCGUCGGUUUUCUCGUCCUCGAACGGAAGCACGAUGGAGGAGCUGCAGAGCGCGAUACAGGCGGCGAUCGCGCACUGCAAGAACUCACUUGCGAAUUCCGAGCAUCAAGGGAAUGAGAAUCUGGCUGGCUGACGGCGAGAGGCUGCCUGAGAUCAGUCGACUGUUGAAUGGCGAUAAAAAGAGGUGAACUUUGUUUUUUUUUUUUUAUGUUGGAAGUUUGAGAAAUUAAUGUGAAUGAAUUAAUCAGUCUAUUAAAUUUAA